CAAAGGUGGAGCGCAAUCUGACAUGCGACCGGGGCAUUUUUGGAUGGGGGGCAGCUGAGCUGUGCAGGGAUGCAACUUGAGCUUCUAUCGGAACUGACGGUGCCGGUUCCGCUCUGCAGUAAUCGGUUGUGAUGAGAGCAGAGGCGCUCUGAUCAAAGGGUCGGUCAGAUGAGCGGUAUAGUUGUUGCAUCUUCUUCUGUCUCAGAGCAGUAAUAAGCAGGACCAAACUGAGGUCAAAGUAAGCACAACAUGGUGUGCUCAAGCGUGCACGACAAAGAGAUGGGAGGACCUUUUGCACAUGUUUAGGGAUGUUGUAGAAACUGAUAUUAGGGCCUGGACUGCUUUGAAUCUAACGAACACCAGCUAGCAGCUGCUGAGAACUUCGUGUUCUGAUCAUUUCUCCGCUCUGGAAGGGAGAGUUCGAGUGUGUGCAUGAGUGUCCCAAGAGGCGUUGGACGCCCUGUGAAGGAGAAAUCAGGUCAAAUGAAGAUUACUCGCCUCCUACUCGCCAUUUUGUUGGUGAAUCUGUGUGUGGUAGGCAAUGUCAUCGGAGCUACUCCAGCUGACGAAGCCCAAGCUCUGGAGACUGUUCUGAAAACUCUACAAUACACAUUUUACAGUGCAGCGACGCCACCUUGUACAUUUUUCAAGCCCGAGGUGGUGACGUGUGAUCCAGCCAGUGGUUUGAUUACUAAAUUAAACCUGAGCAGUAUGGGUCUACGAGGGAAACUCCCUCCUCAGAUUGGAACGUUCAAGUCCUUGGAGUUGCUGGAUCUUACUACAUACAACUCGUCUUUGGGUUUCCCAAAUCAAAUCGUCGGGCCAUUACCCGAUGAACUGGGGAACCUAGCUCAGCUCAAGUAUUUCAACUUCAGCUUCAACAAUAUCAACUCAGACUUCCCUCCCUGUGUGCUGAGGCUCACGAACCUAAUUGAUCUGAGGAUUGACAACUGCAAUAUGACUGGUCAACUACCGAAGGAAAUCAAUCGACUGAAGAAACUCGAGCACUUGUUCCUAGGAAAUAACAAAAUGACUGGGAAGUUCCCAGAAACGUUGGGGGAUUUGACUAGUCUUAAAGAAUUGACCGUGUGGCAGAACGAAUUCAGGGACCAAAUUCCAGAGUCGCUCGGCCAGCUUGAAAAUCUGACCUACUUGAAUUUCCACACUUGUUCGAUGUGGGGACCGCUUCCUGAAUCUUUUGGGAAACUCAAGAAAAUGCAGAAGUUAUGGCUGUUCCGCAAUGAUCUUACUGGACGCGUUCCUGACACUUGGCGCGGAUUGCAAAGUGCCGUUGAUCUGAACAUCAGACAGAACUCAUUAUCAGGCACUGUUCCUGCGUUUCUCCCUCUGCUACCAAACUUAAAGAUACUGGAUAUUUCACAGAACAAGUUCGAUGGGCCGAUUCCACCCACCUUGAACGUAUCUACGAAUCUUUUGUCGUCAUGGAACAAACUGGCGAAACAAAACUGCGACUUGAGCUGUAACUAUUUCAAUGGAUCGUUUCCUGUGACCAUACCAUCCAAUGUUAACGUAACAGGGAAUUGCUUCACUAAUUCCACCAAGGAAAGUGAUUCAUGCAAGAGGGAUCUCAGGUGUGACCAGAUAAGCCGGAAAUACAAUGACAACGGAUGUGCACCAUGUCCCUCUCAGCAGUAUAUGUACGAUUUCAUCAAAUGCCUCUGCGCACCACUGGAUGUCAAGUUUGGUGAAGGGAAGAAAUCCUUUGCAAUUGGGGCGAUUGUGGGUAUCGUAGCCGCCUUUGUUGCACUUUUGUUGGCAAUCUUUGCUCUCUGGCGCUACAAGCCCUCGGUCUUCAGAGACCCUUUCAAGAAGAAGGAUAUCGAUUAUGGGCCAUGGGAAAUCCCAAGUGGAGUUCAAAAGUAUUCCCUCGCGGAACUUGCAAAGGCGACCAACAAUUGGAGUGAAUCCAACGAAAUUGGACAGGGUGGGUUCGGAAAAGUUUUCCAUGGCGUUUUCGAGGACGGGAAAAUGGUGGCGAUCAAGCGGGCAUCGGAUUCUAGUACGCAAGGUACCUCGGAGUUCCGGAAUGAAGUGGUGCUGUUAAGCAGAUUACACCACCGUCACCUCGUUCGACUCGAAGGCUUUUGUGACGACCGUGGAUUGCAGAUUCUUGUCUACGAGUUCAUGGAAAACGGCAACUUGCAUGAUCUUCUUACUGGUGUGAAGAAAGGGAGGGAUGUACCAUGGUACAAGCGCCUGGAGAUUGCUGUCGGCGUGGCCCAGGGAUUGGAUUACCUUCACACAAUGGCGGAUCCUCCUGUCAUUCACAGGGAUAUUAAACCUAGCAACAUUCUCCUUGAUUCUGAGCUCGUUGCUAAGGUGGCUGACUUCGGAAUCUCAAAGGAGAAGGAAAACAUUGAAACUCAUAUCUCCACGAGACCUGCUGGUACCGCUGGAUAUCUGGAUCCCGAGUAUUUCUUGAGGCGGCACUUGACGACUGCAAGUGACGUUUACGCAUAUGGGGUGUGUCUGUUAGAGCUAAUCACUGGUCAACAAUCCAUCGACCACAUGCGGCUCGAGGAAUUCAAUCUGAUUGAAUGGGUGAAGCCAAGGUUUAAGACGGGAGGAGUGGAUGCAAUUGUGGACACGGCACUGGGAGAGGAUUACGACAGGGAGGUCAUGAAGGAGAUGACAGAAGUAGCACUGGCGUGCUCAGCAUUUUCAAAGAAGGACCGCAUAACCAUGAAGGAAGUCCUCAACAUACUGGGGCCCCGUUUGGCGAAUGCAUCCGCGCUUAAUGCAGCUUCCAUCUCCGAAAAGGUCAAGAGAUUGUCAACGAGGGAUGACCCCAAUACUAAGCUCUACAACAAACAUAAAGAAGGAUCAACGUCUGAUCUCAAAGUUCCCCUUCCUGAUCACACCAGCACCAGCAGCCCUGCAACAACCACGCAGUUUGAUUUACAAAUCCUCUCACCACGGUAGUCUCAGUUCCACAUACUUCAUCGUGUGUGACUCCCUUUUGUUACAGUCUCUUGCUUGUUAUUACUGCAGCAAUGCCACCUAUGUAAUCCGUGCAUCAAUGAGUAGAAAUGGAUCUACGCCGCUAGACAUGUGUGAUUAGCUGUUGGAUCAAGUUCGAAAUAUGAAUUAUGUAAUUUAUGAUUUUGUACAAGAGUGACGCACUUGAUUCAAUCGUACUUGGUACUCGAACUAUUGGGCUUGGAAAGACCAAUGCUUUCUACACAAUAAACUGUCUCCCUUAUGUUUA